AUGGAACUAAAAGGAGAAGUAGAAGAGUUAAAAGUUAUUGCGUUGGGGAAGAAUGCCGCAGCAGACAGUUUCAAUUCGGAAAUAAAUGCAAUGAGAGGCUUAUACGAAACAAAUUUGGAAUGCAUUAAAAAUANAAUACGGACCGUGCCACCAGGGCAAUACGUCCAUAUUGGAAUAGGGAAACAAUUAGAAAAAGUAAUAGAGGAAAUUAUUGAGGAAGGAUUAGAGGAAGUGCGACUUGAUGAAGAACUGGAUAGCAUUGAAUCCCAUACAAGCACCGAAAAUGAAACCCAAAUGGUUGCAACCGUUUUUCGCGUUAUUAAGAAUGGCGGCUUUAAAUCAAACUUGCUGUCGAUUUUUAGCGUAAACGUUAUAAUGGACCACAACAUUGAUGGUAAACAAGGCAAGACCCCGCUGCUCCGUUAUACGAAGCUUAUGAAUGUCUUUAUUCAAGCGGCUCAAAAGCUUGGCGUUACUGAAAACGAUUGCCUGCUGGAAUUGCGUUGCGCAUUUAAAUCGGUCAAAAACCGCCAUCACAAGGCCUCUUGCCUGAAGAGGAAACGCUCAGGACCUGAAACUGAAGCGACAACAGAAGCAGCAUCUGAAGCUACAACAGAAGCAGCAACUGAAGCUACCACAGAAACUACAUCAGACUAAAGUCUAACUAAAAUACUUAACAUUAAGUUUUAUUUCCAUAAACAUAUAUUUAUACAACAAACAAAAAAGAAUGAAC